AUGGACGUGAGUCUCACUGAGAGACUCACUCGGCUCACGCUGAUGUACACCAAGCUCACCGCGCUGGACGUGAACAUGCUCAUCAAACACUGGCAGAACGAGAACUGUCAUUACUUGCAAACCAUCGAGAUUUGUGCCAAUCAGAACCUCGACUCGAACCACCUUAAAAUGGGCUUACAUGUACUGCCAAGAGAUCCGACAAGGGGAGAUAGAUGCUACAUAAUGGACCACUACAAAAACCCCUAUCUUCUGAAACUUGAGAAAGGUUACGACGUGGAAAGAAUCGGACGACGCGCCACAAUUUUGCAUUCGGAUCAUAAGUUUUUGUUUGCUGUGUGGACUUUUCACCAAAAUGGCGACAUCCCUGACUACCCUCGCCAAUCUGAGCAUACUUUUGACGAACAUCUUUUUUAA